UGUCAGAAUAAUGUCAGUUUUGUUUGUAUUUUAUUUUUGAGGACGUUUUCAUAAGAAUAAACAAUGAUCAAUUAAUUUAACCCUUGAUUAGGUCAAAUUAAUCAAUCAUAUUUAAACUAUUCUGCAUUUUGUGAUUAAUUUUACAUAACAUUCGUAUGAAACCAUAAAAUCCGAAAAAAACCGUAUGAAACCAUAAAAUGAUAGACAAAUAAAUUACAGGCUAUUAAAUCGCCUUGCAGGCAAAAAGUAUAAAACCAUGUCGGGACACGCGGUAGUUGUGUGGGAAUAUGAAAUUAGAUCAGGUUAUUGGAAACCAUAUAGCCCAGCAGUGAGCCAGCAUCUGGAACGUGCUAAUGCCAAACAGUUAACUAGAGUUAUAUUGUCUGAUGCUGAUCCUAAUUUGCAAAAUUAUUAUGUAAAUUUACGCACUCUCACUCAAGAAUUGGAAUACUCAGAUGUGGCUGUCCCUGUACGAAGAAAAUGCUAUCCGCCCUCAUCACCAGCUGGUAAAGGGGCUAAAUGGGAAUGUGUUGGAUCAGACCAUGAAUGGCAUGCGUUUGAUAUGGAUAUUCAAUGUUUAAUAGAAGAAGCUUGGGCUAGAGGGGAUCAAACAAUUGAUAUGAGCAAAACUCAUCUGGGAUUUCCAUAUGUAAUAAAUUUUAGCAAUCUUACUCAAAUGUGGUUGGCAAAUGGUUAUGUAAGAAGUGUAAGGCGAAUUAAACAAGCACCAUAUCCUCUGGUCAAAGUUAGAUUAGAGGAAUUAGCUCCAAUAACAGGAAGGAGAAAUGCAGAUAUAAGAAAGGCUUACAAUAAUAAUAAUGCUACCAAUAAUCAGUCUGCAAAAGUGAUUGGUACUAGUGCGGCUUUAAAUUCCACUUCUGAAAACCAUAAAAAGAAUGCAUCCAAAAAGAAAACGUCUUCAAAAAGUAGCAAGAAUAAUGAUACAACACCAUCUAACUUAGCCAGAGUCAUAUUAAAUAAUUUAAAUAUAUUUGGGCACAAAUCAAGUAACUCAAAUAAUAUUUCUACUCAACAAAUUGAUAAUCGUACACUUUUGGAUGCUGAUAGCAGCAGUACCAAAUCUGGCAGAAGACCUAGUUUAGAUACAGUGUCCACUUACUUAAGCCAGGAAAGUAGGGAGAGUCAAGCUACUGCCUCCACUGCAGAUUUAAUUAAUUGCAGUGGAAGUGAUGAUGGAGCCCUCGAUGGUGUUGACAAUAUGGCUUCUAUAAUAGGUUUAGAUCCUGCAAGCGCAACCAUAUCCAGAUUUGUAAGGAUUUCAAAACCUAGCGAGUGGGCUCCUAGACAACCUUGUCCUCUAUGUAGACAACCUUUAAAACCCACUAUAGUUGUUAUAGCUUUGCCUUGCAACCAUGUAUUGCACUUGGAUUGUUUAAAUUAUUCGCUAACUGAAUUACAAGAAGCUGGUGCACUGCUACAUAUUCAGUGUGCAGUGUGUGGAUGUAUAUAUGGGGAGAAACAUGGAAAUCAGCCUCCUGGAACUAUGGAAUGGGGUGUUUUGGAAAGAAGCUUGCCAGGAUUUUUAAAUUUCCGAACAAUUCAAAUUAUAUAUAACAUUCAGUCAGGAAUCCAAGGAUCAGAACAUCCAAAUCCUGGAAGAGAAUAUUAUGCAGUAGGAUUUCCUAGAGUUGCUUAUCUGCCAGAUAACCCAAAAGGAAGAAAAGUACUCAGGUUGUUGAAUGAAGCCUGGCAUCGUAAAUUGAUUUUUACUAUAACUCGCUCUAAUACAACUGGAUGUGAAGAUGUUGUGUCAUGGAACAUUCCUCAUAAGACUGAAAUUGGGCCAAGUAACAAUACACAUAGCUAUCCAGAUAAUGGAUAUCUAAAUACCGUUCUAAGAGAAUUGGAAGCGUUGGGCGUUGUGGAAGAACACAGGGAAAAAAGGUAGAAAUACUUUAAAAGGUCGAAUUAUCUGUAGAAAUUAAUUUUAAUAAAGUGAAUCAUUUUUAUUAAAUA